ACCAGCCCAGAGCCUCCCAAAACCAACAGCAACAGCACCAGACUAGAAGACACCAGCCCAGAGCCUCCCAAAACCACCACCAACAGCACCAGACUAGAAGACACCAGCCCAGAGCCUCCCAAAACCAACAGCAACAGCACCAGACUAGAAAACACCAGCCCAGAGCCUCCCAAAACCACCACCAACAGCACCAGACUAGAAGACACCAGCCCAGAGCCUCCCAAAACCACCACCAACAGCCCCACCACUAGAACAGUAGAGACCAGACCUGACACUACCAAAACCACCAAAAGAACAGAGGAACCAACAGCGGACCCUCCCACCACCACCAACACUAGGCUCCACGCCAGGACAAGCAGUGUCACCAAGAGGGAGCGGGUAUCCAACUCUUACAAUGGACCCCAGCCUCAACAUCAGUCGUUGGUGGCAGAUGUCAGCCUUACCCCCAGCCCUGGGGCCAGUGUUGGCUCCUCUACCAACUCCUCUCACUCAGUCUUGCCAUACGAUGGACCGGUAGUCUCUCUGAGGCGGGACGUCACCAUGGCAACGGCCUCGUCUCGGAAUAAGGCGGCGACCAGACCCACUCUCCGCCGGCCCCUCAGCCUGGAUGUGACGCCCCUGCGCCUCCGUGGCUCCGAGCCAGCGCUGGACCGCAGGGUCCUACAGCCCCCUUGGCGCAGCGCUGGUGGUCCCUCCACUGCCCCCUCGCCCCCAGCACGCUCCCUCACCAGCCCCAGCCUGGGCCCCGGAGGCUGGAUGCGCCGCAGCGAGAGCACCUGUACCGUCAACAACUCCUCAAUGGGCCUCCGGGCCACCAGGGGGCGUAUGCGUCCAGCCACCUCCCUUCCCCACAUUGCCCGGGGGUUUGGAGGGGCCUCCCCGCUGCCCUUGCCCUCCACACCGCGAGGCCCCUGUCUCCUUGUGGCCCUAAGACCCAUUAACCUAGACCAGGAGAGGCAGGCCUUCUUCCAGUCUGACUAUAAAUACGACCCCCAGUUUGAGUACUCGACCCCGGAGCCCAGCACUGUGCUGGAGAAAUACAGAGAUGGAUCUGACCUCUUCCUCGCACAGGCUGUUGGGAUUAUGGAGUGUAUUCUGAGGAAGUUUGGUAACUAUGAGAACUUUGAGGAAGUGACGGGAGGAAGUAUUUUACCAAAGAGUCGAGUCUGGGCUGCUGCACGCAAGUACCUGCAGAAGGAGAACUGUGUAGGAGAGGUGGUGGUGUGUCUGUCUGAGGAGCUGCUGUCCCAGGCGGUGAUGAUGGUGGAGAGUUGUCGUCCCACUCUGACUAUCAACCUGUCUGGAGCACGACAACACUGGCUGGAGGGCAUGCUCAGACAUGAGAUAGGAACCCACUACCUUCGAGGUGUAAACAACAGCCUCCAGCCCUGGUCUACUUCCGCAGGCAGGAAGCAGUAUGGCCUCAAACCGGCCAAUCCCACGGAGGAAGGCCUGGCCAGCCUGCACAGUGUGUUGCUACGGAAACAGCCCUACCUGUGGCGUGCCGCUCUGCUCUACUAUACGGUGUAUCACGCCACCAGGAUGGGCUUCAGCCAGCUCUUCAGCCACAUCGCUCAGUUCGUCCAGGAUCCGGUGGUGCGCUGGGAGUACUGCCUCAGAGCCAAGAGGGGACAGACGGACACCUCGCAGCCUGGCUGUUUCAGUAAAGACCAAGUGUACCUGGACGGAAUCCUCAGGAUUCUACGACAUCGGAGGAACAUCGACUUCAAGAUGCUGACCUCGCUAGGCAAGGUGUCGUUUGAGGACGUGGAAAGGCUACGGCACAUCGCUGUCCUCCGCCGGACCAGAAUCCCUCACUUCAUGCAGGACCAGGAGAAAUACCUUCAGCAUCUGGACCACAUCGUCACAGUCAACGAACUGAGCGACGCUCAGCUUAGAGAACUCCUUCCCUGA